GAGGUGAGGGCGGCGGGUGCCGGAGCGACGGCAGCGGCCGCGGCUGGAAGAGGUAUAGCAGCAGCCGUGGCGGCCACGGGGCGGGGCGCGGCGGUCAGUGACCGCGGCCGGGGCUGCAGGCGGCGGAGCGGCUGGCUUGCCAACAGUUGGUGUCACAUGUGAGCCUCCCACAUGUAUUCACUCUUCAUUCCAGCUCUGUGAUUGAACUCUGCUCUUAUUGACUAGGGGGCAGUUGGGCAGGCAUGCUUCAUUCCUGGAAUUGACAGUCAUUCCUAAUUUUUGAAAAUACUAACACUGAAUCAGUACUUCUAAAGCCCUUCCUUCUCCCACUGGCUUCACUUGGCCUUCAGACAUAAUGAGGAGACUGGCUUUUCGAGGCGCUGGUUGUGCUCUGGUAAAGCUGAAGAAGUUGGAUUCCAUGGGUUCCAAGAGAAGAAGAGCUACCUCCCCUUCCAGCAGUGUCAGCGGGGAUUUUGAUGAUGGGCACCAUUCUGUGUCCACACCAGGCCCAAGCAGGAAAAGGAGGAGACUUUCCAAUCUUCCAACUGUAGAUCCUAUUGCCGUGUGCCAUGAACUUUAUAACACCAUCCGAGACUAUAAGGAUGAACAGGGCAGACUUCUCUGUGAGCUCUUCAUUAGGGCACCAAAGCGAAGAAAUCAACCAGACUAUUACGAAGUGGUUUCUCAGCCCAUUGAUUUGAUGAAAAUCCAGCAGAAACUAAAAAUGGAAGAGUAUGAUGAUGUUAAUUUGCUGACUGCUGACUUCCAGCUCCUUUUUAACAAUGCAAAGGCCUAUUAUAAGCCAGAUUCUCCUGAAUAUAAAGCUGCUUGCAAACUCUGGGAUUUGUACCUUCGAACAAGAAAUGAGUUUGUUCAGAAAGGAGAAGCAGAUGAUGAAGAUGAUGAUGAAGAUGGGCAAGACAAUCAAGGCACAAUGACUGAAGGAUCUUCUCCAACUUACUUGAAGGAGAUCCUGGAGCAGCUUCUUGAAGCCAUAGUUGUAGCUACAAAUCCAUCAGGACGUCUCAUUAGCGAACUUUUUCAGAAACUGCCUUCUAAAGUGCAAUAUCCAGAUUAUUAUGCAAUAAUUAAGGAGCCUAUAGAUCUCAAGACCAUUGCUCAGAGGAUACAGAAUGGAAGCUACAAAAGUAUUCAUGCAAUGGCCAAAGAUAUAGAUCUCCUAGCAAAAAAUGCCAAAACUUAUAAUGAGCCUGGUUCUCAAGUAUUCAAGGAUGCAAAUUCAAUUAAAAAAAUAUUUUACAUGAAAAAGGCCGAAAUUGAACAUCAUGAAAUGGCUAAGUCAAGUCUUCGAAUGAGUAAUAAAAGAGCAGUACAAGGAGGUCGUUUAUCAGCAAUUACGAUGGCACUUCAGUAUGGCUCAGAAAGUGAAGAAGAUGCUGCUUUAGCUGCUGCACGUUAUGAAGAGGGAGAGUCAGAAGCAGAAAGCAUCACUUCCUUUAUGGAUGUUUCAAAUCCUUUUUAUCAGCUUUAUGACACAGUUAGGAGUUGUCGGAAUAACCAAGGGCAGCUAAUAGCUGAACCUUUUUUCCAUUUACCCUCAAAGAAAAAAUACCCUGAUUAUUACCAGCAAAUUAAAAUGCCCAUAUCACUGCAACAGAUCCGAACAAAGCUGAAGAAUCAAGAAUAUGAAACUUUAGAUCAUUUGGAGUGUGAUCUGAAUUUAAUGUUUGAAAAUGCCAAACGCUAUAAUGUGCCCAAUUCAGCCAUCUACAAGCGAGUUCUAAAAUUGCAGCAAGUUAUGCAGGCAAAGAAGAAAGAGCUUGCCAGGAGAGACGAUAUUGAAGAUGGAGACAGCAUGAUCUCUUCAGCCACCUCUGAUACUGGUAGUGCCAAAAGAAAAAGGAACACUCAUGACAGUGAGAUGUUGGGUCUCAGGAGGCUAUCCAGUAAAAAGAACAUAAGAAAGCAGCGAAUGAAAAUCUUAUUCAAUGUUGUUCUUGAAGCUCGAGAGCCAGGUUCAGGCAGAAGACUUUGUGACCUAUUUAUGGUUAAACCAUCCAAAAAGGACUAUCCUGAUUAUUAUAAAAUCAUCUUGGAGCCAAUGGACUUGAAAAUAAUUGAGCAUAACAUCCGUAAUGACAAAUAUGCAGGUGAAGAGGGAAUGAUAGAAGACAUGAAGCUGAUGUUCCGGAAUGCCAGGCACUACAACGAGGAGGGCUCCCAGGUAUACAAUGAUGCACAUAUCCUGGAGAAGUUACUCAAGGAGAAAAGGAAAGAGCUGGGCCCACUACCAGAUGAUGAUGACAUGGCUUCUCCCAAACUCAAGCUGAGUAGGAAGAGUGGCAUUUCUCCCAAAAAAUCAAAAUACAUGACUCCAAUGCAGCAGAAACUCAAUGAGGUCUAUGAAGCUGUAAAGAACUAUACUGAUAAAAGGGGUCGCCGCCUCAGUGCCAUAUUUCUGAGGCUUCCCUCCAGAUCUGAGUUGCCUGACUACUAUCUGACUAUUAAAAAGCCCAUGGACAUGGAAAAAAUUCGAAGUCAUAUGAUGGCAAACAAGUACCAAGAUAUUGACUCUAUGGUUGAGGACUUCGUCAUGAUGUUUAAUAAUGCCUGUACAUACAAUGAGCCUGAGUCUUUGAUCUACAAAGAUGCUCUUGUCCUACACAAAGUCCUGCUUGAAACACGCAGAGACCUGGAGGGAGAUGAGGAUUCUCAUGUCCCAAAUGUGACUUUGCUGAUUCAAGAGCUUAUCCACAAUCUUUUUGUGUCAGUCAUGAGUCAUCAGGAUGAUGAGGGAAGAUGCUACAGUGAUUCUUUAGCAGAAAUUCCUGCUGUGGAUCCCAACUUUCCUAACAAACCACCCCUUACGUUUGACAUAAUUAGGAAGAAUGUUGAAAAUAAUCGCUAUCGACGGCUUGAUUUAUUUCAAGAACAUAUGUUUGAAGUAUUGGAAAGGGCAAGAAGGAUGAAUCGGACAGAUUCAGAAAUAUAUGAAGAUGCGGUAGAACUUCAGCAGUUUUUUAUUAAAAUUCGUGAUGAGCUCUGCAAAAAUGGAGAGAUCCUUCUUUCACCAGCACUCAGCUAUACCACAAAACAUUUGCAUAAUGAUGUGGAGAAAGAGAAAAAGGAAAAAUUGCCAAAAGAAAUAGAGGAAGAUAAACUAAAAAGAGAAGAAGAAAAAAGAGAAGCUGAAAAGAGUGAAGAUUCCUCUGGUGCUGCAGGCCUCUCAGGCUUACAUCGCACAUACAGCCAGGACUGUAGCUUUAAGAACAGCAUGUACCAUGUUGGAGAUUAUGUCUAUGUGGAACCCGCAGAGGCCAACCUACAGCCACAUAUAGUCUGUAUUGAAAGACUAUGGGAGGAUUCAGCUGGUGAAAAAUGGUUGUAUGGCUGUUGGUUUUACCGACCAAAUGAAACAUUCCACCUGGCUACACGAAAAUUUCUGGAAAAAGAAGUUUUUAAGAGUGACUAUUACAACAAAGUUCCCGUUAGUAAAAUUCUAGGCAAGUGUGUGGUCAUGUUUGUCAAGGAAUACUUUAAAUUAUGCCCAGAAAACUUCCGAGAUGAAGAUGUUUUUGUCUGUGAAUCACGGUAUUCUGCCAAAACCAAAUCUUUUAAGAAAAUUAAACUGUGGACCAUGCCCAUCAGCUCAGUUAGGUUUGUCCCUCGGGAUGUGCCUCUGCCUGUGGUUCGCGUGGCCUCUGUAUUUGCAAAUGCAGAUAAAGGUGAUGAUGAGAAGAAUACAGACAACUCAGAGGACAGUCGAGCAGAAGACAAUUUUAACUUGGAAAAGGAAAAAGAAGAUGUCCCUGUGGAAAUGUCCAAUGGUGAACCAGGUUGCCACUACUUUGAGCAGCUCCAUUACAAUGACAUGUGGCUGAAGGUUGGCGACUGUGUCUUCAUCAAGUCCCAUGGCCUCGUGCGUCCUCGCGUGGGCAGAAUCGAAAAAGUAUGGGUUCGAGAUGGAGCUGCAUAUUUUUAUGGCCCCAUCUUCAUUCACCCAGAAGAGACGGAGCACGAGCCCACAAAAAUGUUCUACAAAAAAGAAGUAUUUCUGAGUAAUCUGGAAGAAACCUGCCCCAUGACAUGUAUUCUUGGAAAGUGUGCUGUAUUGUCAUUCAAGGACUUCCUCUCCUGCAGGCCAACUGAAAUACCAGAAAAUGACAUUCUGCUUUGUGAGAGCCGCUACAAUGAGAGCGACAAGCAGAUGAAGAAAUUCAAAGGAUUGAAGAGAUUUUCACUCUCUGCUAAAGUGGUAGAUGAUGAAAUUUACUACUUCAGAAAACCGAUUGUUCCUCAGAAGGAGCCAUCACCUUUGUUGGAAAAGAAGAUCCAAUUGCUAGAAGCUAAAUUUGCCGAGUUAGAAGGUGGAGAUGAUGAUAUUGAAGAGAUGGGAGAAGAAGAUAGUGAGGCCAUUGAACCUCCUUCUCUACCUCAGCUUCAGACCCCCCUGGCCAGUGAGCUGGACCUCAUGCCCUACACACCCCCACAGUCUACCCCAAAGUCUGCCAAAGGCAGUGCAAAGAAGGAAGGCUCCAAACGGAAAAUCAACAUGAGUGGCUACAUCCUGUUUAGCAGUGAGAUGAGGGCUGUGAUUAAGGCCCAACACCCAGACUACUCUUUCGGGGAGCUCAGCCGCCUGGUGGGGACAGAAUGGAGAAACCUUGAGACAGCCAAGAAAGCAGAAUAUGAAGAGCGGGCAGCUAAAGUUGCUGAGCAGCAGGAGAGAGAGCGAGCAGCACAGCAACAGCAGCCGAGUGCUUCUCCCCGAGCAGGCACCCCUGUGGGGGCUCUCAUGGGGGUGGUGCCACCACCAACACCAAUGGGGAUGCUCAAUCAGCAGUUGACACCUGUUGCAGGCAUGAUGGGUGGCUAUCCGCCAGGCCUUCCACCUUUGCAGGGCCCAGUUGAUGGCCUUGUUAGCAUGGGCAGCAUGCAGCCACUUCACCCUGGGGGGCCUCCACCCCACCAUCUUCCGCCAGGUGUGCCUGGCCUCCCAGGCAUCCCACCACCGGGUGUGAUGAACCAAGGAGUGGCCCCUAUGGUAGGGACUCCAGCACCAGGUGGAAGUCCAUAUGGACAACAGGUGGGAGUUUUGGGGCCUCCUGGGCAGCAGGCACCACCUCCAUAUCCCAGCCCACAUCCAGCCGGACCCCCCGUCAUACAGCAGCCAACAACACCCAUGUUUGUAGCUCCCCCACCAAAGACCCAGCGGCUUCUUCACUCAGAGGCCUACCUGAAAUACAUUGAAGGACUCAGUGCCGAGUCCAACAGCAUUAGCAAGUGGGAUCAGACACUGGCAGCUCGAAGACGUGAUGUCCAUUUGUCAAAAGAACAGGAGAGCCGCCUACCCUCUCACUGGCUGAAAAGCAAAGGGGCCCACACCACCAUGGCAGAUGCCCUCUGGCGCCUUCGAGAUUUGAUGCUCCGGGACACCCUCAACAUUCGCCAAGCAUACAACCUAGAAAACGUUUAAUCACAUAAUUACGUUUCUUUUUUAUAGAAGCAUAAAGAGUUGUGGAACAGUAGCCAUUUUAGUUACUGGGGGUGGGGGGAAGGAACAAAGGAUAAUUUUUAUUGCAUUUUACUGUACAUCACAAGGCCAUUUUUAUAUAAGGACACUUUUAAUAAGCUAUUUCAAUUUGUUUUUGUUAUAUUAAGUUGACUUUAUCAAAUACACAAAGAUUUUUUUGCAUAUGUUUCCUUAGUUUAAAACCAGUUUCAUAAUUGGUUGUAUAUGUAGACUUGGAGUUUUAUCUUUUUACUUGUUGCCAUGGAACUGAAACCAUUAGAGGUUUUGUCUUGGCUUGGGGUUUUUGGUUUUUUUUUUUUUUUUUUGGUUUUGGGUUUUUUUAUAUAUAUAAAAGAACAAAAUGAACAAAAAAAAAGUACACACACACACACGAGUUUACAGAUUAGUUUAAAUUGAUAAUGAAAUGUGAAGUUUGUCCUAGUUUACAUCUUAGAGAGGGGAGUGUACUUGUGUUUGUUUCAUGUGCCUGAAUAUCUUAAGCCACUUUCUGCAAAAGCUGUGUCUUACAGCUGAAGUGCAUUCUUUGAAAGGUGGUUAUUUAAGUUUUAGACAUUUGAUAGACAUGGCACAUUUGGUCUGUUAACUCAGAGGCUCACUACAGAAAUCUGUAAUCAGUGCUGUGCAUCUGUCUGCAGAUAAUAUGCCUCCUGCACACCAGGAGGGGAAAAAGCACCUUUUCUUGUGCUGAAUUAGGCACCUAUGAGGUAGACGAUGGUGUCAGUGAUUUUUGCAGAACAUGUGCACAACCCUGAGGUAUAUUUAGUCUCAGCAGGUACGUUUAAGGGUAUUUUGAUCUAUUUAUAAUGAAUUCACAAUGUAUGCCUAUAAAUACCAGAUGAUUUAAAAUUUUAAACCUGUUACAUUGAAGUUCAUCUUGAAGAAAGCAUUAAGGUAUGCAUCGAGGUGAUUUAUUUUUAAACAUAACACCUAACCUAACUUGGGGAAGUGAAUGUGUAACUAGAUAUGAGCUGUAUAAGAAGCAUAAUUGUGAAUGGGUAGAUUGCUUUCUUAUACUACAAGUAUGUUUUAGUAUUCUUUAUUUCCUUAUUAUCAGAUGUGUUUUUUUUUUUUUAAGUUUCAACGUUGUUGUAAUUCUCAACCAGAAAUUUAAUACUUUCUAAAAUAUUUUUAAAAUUUAGCUUGUGCUUUUGAAUUGCAGAAGGGAAUCAUAAUUUAAUAAAAUGCUCAUUAGAAGGACCAUUACAGAUCCCAGACACUUGGGUUUGGUGACCCUCUUUCUUAUAUGACCCUAGAAUAAACAUUUGAAGGCAGCAUAGGAUGGCAGACAGUAGGAACACUGUUUCACUUAGCGGCAUGUUUUUGAAACCUGCUUUAUUACUGGGUGGUUGCCAUUGUGGCAGAGCUUCCACUUCUGUUUAUAAGCUGAGAGUCACUCUCAGAGGAUGCUUUUUUCCUUUUAAUCUGCUAUGAAUCAAUACCCAGAUGUUUAAUUACUGUACUUAUUAAAUCAUGAGGGCAAAAGAGUGUAGAAUGGAAAAAAGUCUCUUGUAUCUAGAUACUUUAAAUACAGGAGGCCCUUUAACUUAAUUGCCUUUAGUCAACCACUGGAUUUCAAUUUGCAUCAAGUAUUUUAAAUAAUUUUGAAUUUUAAAAAAUGUAUUGCAGUAGUGUGUCAGUACCUUACUGUUAAACUGAGUCAGAUAAAUCUUCAGUUCCUGGUUAUUUGGGCAGUUGAAUCAUCAUGGACUGUAUAAUGCAAUCAGAUUAUUUUGUUUCUAGACAUCCUUGAAUUACACCAAAGAACAUGAAAUUUAGUUGUGGUUAAAUUAUUUAUUUAUUUCAUGCAUUCAUUUUAUUUCCCUUUAAGGUCUGGAUGAGACUUCUUUGGGGAGCCUCUGAAAAAAACUCUUCACUGGGGGCCACGUGGGUCAUUAGAAGCCUCCAGGCUCCUUCCCAGUGCCUAGAGGUGCUGUAGGAAACAGAGAUCCAGCCAGGGGCUUCCCUAAGGCAGUGCGGCACUGGCCCAGGGCAUAACUAGACAGGCCCUAAUUAAGUUAAAAAAAAAAAAAAAGGCCUAUAUAUUUAUUUUAGAAUCAUGUCUUUCUGUAUAUUAACUUGGAGGAUAUCCAUUAAUAUUUAGGAUAUAAGAUUUGAGGUCAGCCAUCUUCAAAAAAGAAAAACCAAAAAAAAAAAAUUCUGACUUAAGAAAGUACAAGUAAACUAUACAUCUUUUUUUCAUAAGUUUUAGGAACUAGUAACAUGGCUUAGAAAGUAUAAUGGACUAAAUGUUUUCAAAAUGUAAGUUCCUGUGGAGAAUUGUUUAUAUUUCGGGUGGGGGGACGGAGGGGAAACUAUAGGUUUAAAAUAGUAUGUUUGUCAGCCAACUGAUUUAAAAGGCCUUUAACUGUUUUUUUUUUUAAAACGCACUCUUCCCUUCCUAUGAGGAAGAAUUGAGGGGGGCACUUAUUUCUGUAAAAUCCCCAAAUUGGUGUUGAUGACUUUUGAGCUUGAAUGUUUUCAGACCUGAUUAAAACUUGGUUUAUUCUAAUUUCUGUAUCAUAUCAUCUGAGGUUUACGUGGUAACUAGUCUUAUAACAUGUAUGUAUCAUUUUUUGUUGUUCAUCUAAAGCUUUUUAAUCCAAAUAAAAAUGGAGUUUGCAAAGUGA